UUCAUGUUGUGUCUACCUACCAUCUAGAAAGUUCCUCAAGCCAUGUCGUACUCGUUCUAGACCCCUGCGCUCGUGCCCUCAGUGGCUUGACCUAAUUCGGAAACCCCACAUUGCUCUAUCAUAACACGACGACGUGCUUGGGAGACUGGGAAAUAAUGGUAAAUACUGUCAUCAUACCUUAUCUUGGAGUUUGCAAAAACCAUGGCACCCAGAUUCACGAAGAUCACUCCAUCCCUCCCGGUCUCCAAUAUUCCCUCAGCCAUAGAAUACUACACUGAAAUCCUAGGCUUCCGCCUUGCCGGCAGAGACGGCGACAACCAUUGCUGGCUCCAAAUCGUCGACGACGAAUCCGUCGGCAAAUAUGAUGCCGCAGUAAAUGUGUAUCUUCGUAAGCGUGGCUUCCCCGGUAUCGAGAAUGAUGUUCAGUGUGGCAAGAUCUAUAUCACAAUUGGAGGCGAGGCUGAUGAGUUGGAAAUGCUACAUCAAAAGCUGGUUGAGAAGAAGGCACUUGUAAAGGGGAGUGUGAGUGUCAAGCCUUGGGGAUUGAAGGAUGCGACUGUGGAGGAUCAUGACGGAAAUGUGAUCAUCUUCAAUCAAAGAGUGGAGGGUUUUCAGGUCCCCCCAAAUACGAUCAUGAUGGGACAGAAGCCUACGUGAAUGGUGAUACAAGUCAUAAAAUCAUACAUGACGCCUGAUUUGUGUACCCAUUGUUUCACUACCCCCGUUCACUCACUGGUCAGCCCGGAGUGUAGUCUCUAGAGAGGAGAGAUAGCUUAUAUCUAUCAAGUUUAAUGGCCGCAGUCGAUGUGCAUCUCCUAAUGGUAAUUGAAUCCAUGUGCCAAGGAG